AUGGCCUCAGACGAGGAUCUUGUGGAUGCCGAUUCGCAAGCAAUUGACCCGUAUGAGAUCCUCUCCCUUGAUCGCGCCGCUACGGCCGACCAGAUUAAAUCGGCAUACCGCAAGGCUGCCCUGAAGAACCACCCAGACAAGGUCCCGGAAGCGAAGCAGACCGAAGCCAAAGAGGCGUUCCAGAACAUCGCAUUUGCGUACGCUGUCCUCUCAGACCCCGCCCGGCGUAAGAGAUACGAUGAUACUGGCUCAACUUCCGAAGCCGUCGUCGACUCGGACGGAUUCGACUGGUCUGAAUUCUACCGGGAGCAAUUCAGACACAUAGUCACAGCCGAGAACAUCGAGAAGAUUGCCGCCGAGUACAAGGGUUCUGAUGAGGAGAAAGACGACAUAUUGGCGGCCUACGAAGAAUUCGAGGGCAAAAUGGACGGAAUCUACGAAAAUGUUAUGCUUUCUAACGUCUUGGAAGAUGACGAGCGAUUUCGGAAGAUCAUCGACGAUGCUGUUGCCAGCGGCGAUGUACCACGGUUCUCGGCUUAUGCUCGUGAGACCAAAAAGUCAAAGCAACAACGUGUCAAGGCCGCCAAGGGCGAGGCCGCGGAGGCUGAGGAGCUAGCCAAAGACCUAGGCGUGCAUGACAAACUCUACGGGAAGAAAUGCAAGAAAGAUUCAGAGGCGGGUCUUGCCGCCUUAAUCAAGCAGAACCAGGCAUCCCGAGCCAGCGCGUUCGACAAGCUGGCCGAGAAAUAUGCGCCAGCGCCCAAGGCGAAAUCCAGCAAAAAGCGUAGCUCAAGAGAGACCGAGCCAGACAUAUCAGACGAGCAAUUCGAGGCCCUUCAAGCAGAUAUGACGAAACGAAAGAAGAAGAGUCGGGCUUAG